GCUACUUUUGUUUUGUUUGGCGGGUUGCCUAAAAGUUGUUCCUGCAUUCUUGAAAUAUUUUCUUUUAUUGGUGUGGAAGGAAGUGUAAAAUGUUUUAAAGUGGAAACAAUUUGCCAAGUAGAAUAAUUUUUCUGGAUUUUUAAACAAUGAAUGAAGCUGCUGCUCUGCCCCAUGGACCCCCAAUGAACAUUUUACCACCGACACCAGCAGGAUUAGAGUCCUUGUACACACUAUGUAGGAAAAUUUACCCCGACCAAGUUAACCCCCUGCAAGUUACGGCUCUCAUCAAAUAUUGGCUGGGAGGGCCAGAUCCUUUAGAUUACAUAUCAAUGUAUGCAAAUCCAGGCAUUCCACAAGAAAACAUUCCUCCUCAUUGGCACUACAUAAGUUUUGGUCUAUCGGACCUACACGGUGACGGACGAGUACACGACGUGUCAGGUGCUGAUGGUGUUUCGGGUUUUGGUUUUGAGCUAACAUUUAGGCUAAAACGGGAACCUGAAGAAACAGCACCACCAACCUGGCCGGCAACUUUGAUGCAGUCUUUAGCUAAAUAUGUUUUCCAAUCAGGUAAUACCCUCUGUGCUGGUGACCAUGUCUCCUGGCACUGUGCAUUAGACAACAGCGAAUCGCGAAUACAACACAUGCUGAUGACCACCGAUGUCCAUUUAAAAUCAAUACAGACUCCUUUUGGUUCCGUAGAUUUUGUCCAAAUUGUUGGGAUUUGUGCCGAGGAAUUGAAAGCAGCGCAGCAGUGGAAUGGGGCGGGAGUCCUUGAUAUGAUUAGUAGAGUACCCUCCGCUGGUGGGCUAUGGUUUAUCACGGACAUGAGACGAGGAGAAAGCAUCUUUGAGCUUGACUUAAACGCCCAUGAAGAAGUCGAGCGAGGGUUUGAGUUGGAAGGCUCAAAUUUGAGCGGAGUUAGUGCUAGAUGUUCAUGGGUUGAGCAAGAUCCAACUCGCAUUGAUAUCAUGCAUUUGAAAGAAAAAACCGACUGUGACAAUUUCCAAUCAACUCAAGAUGAUUCUACUCUUGUGGGCCAAAAGCCGCUCCAGAGUGGCAACUUUGAACAGAGCCGUUCCAGUAGUACCAAUUUUAAAAUGGACGAAAUUAGAGGUAGUUCAGGGGUUCUAGAGUCAACGGAAUUAUUACACGUUAAGAAACUAGAAGGCGUUCAUUUGGUUUUUAAUUUAGAAGCUGGGAGCUUACUUCCACUGGCCAUUAGGGGACGAGUACGACAUGGCAGACACUUCACAUUCAAGUCGGUGUUGGGCGAAACUGCUAUAACACUAGUGGCGAAUACAGUUACUGGGACGUUGGUGGACUCAGAACACCCUUAUGUUGCUCAAGGCUCAUGGCUACAAAUCCUUAUCACUGAUGGUUUAGCUCAGGAUAUGGCGGUUACUUUUCAAGUUCUGGCAAGUCCAGAAGCCCUUUCUUUACCAAAAACAUUCUCGUGGCCUGAUAAAAAAUUAUCUGUGACUAUUGUAGCUGAUAAGUUAUAGUAAAUACUCAGAUAUUGUCUCACUAAUCAGGUUAAAUGUUUUUAUUUGUGUAAUAAGACUAAAGUAGGUUUAAUUAUUUAGUCUCUGUUGUGUUUCUCACACUUACGAAAUAAUCAAACACAAGCAAUAUCUAGGCAUACUUCGAUAUUUUAGUUUUACUCAAUUAAUUUAUUACUUUAUUUAUUAUUAACUUAAAUUGAACCACCCCAUAUGAUUUGUAUAUUAUAAUUUAUGCUAUACAUAUCGGAAUUAAAGUACAAAAAUAACACAUAUUAAACCAUAGACCUGUAGACCGAUUCACUUGAUUCUAAAUGAAUAAAACUUUUUUUAACAUUA